CGCCAAGUUCCCCUCCCGAACUUUUGAAAUGCUUCUAUUCCUUUCUCAAUGUCUCACGGACUUGAAGUUGAAUUCCUUUCACCUCUCAUCUGAACAUCAUCCUCCGCAAUGGCGCUCCGUCUACUGUUCCUCUUGGCCUUGCAAGCUGUGAUUGCCAAAACCGACCUCGGGAAUGCAGCCAAAGCAGCACUCUAUCCUCGGCAAGGAAUCCCACCGGCUUGCAGCACCUGGUCUUAUUUUGUCUCGUUCUGCAAAUCCGCCAGUCCUGGAUUUGUCGACCUCCCUGGAACUAAACAAGUCCCCUGCUUGUGCUAUGAUCAAUCUGGGGGAUGGUAUCCAGAUAUCUUUGAUAAUGCCGUCGACGACUGCGCAUCGUGGGCAGCAACUGCAGACGUAUCUGAAUAUACCGUGGUGGACUCAUGGCAAGGAAUAUGUACAGAUGUUGGCAACAUAUUUGCUGCCCCGGGUUCAACUCCAGCCCUCAACAGCCCAACUCCGACUCCGGCAAAACCAUCGCCCACUCAUACACAAGUGACUGCUUCUACGACAGCUGCUCCAACCCCGAAAGCGAGUGGUGGUUGUUCUGCUUUCGACUCCUUUGUAGCUUCCUGCAGCUCGAGCACCCCAGGGUUUUUGGAUAUGAGCUUUGGUGCGAUUGCUGCUUGUGUGUGCUACACCAGCAGCACCUCUUGGGUGCCAGCUCGCUUCGACAGUGCGGCAGCAUCCUGCGCCAACGUUUUUAAAACGGGAGACCCAACGGAUUACCCCCAAUUCACAUCAAACUUCCUAAAUUUCUGCACGGAAGUCGGUGAUGUGGUCAACACAUCCGAUACACCUCUGUCACCUACUGUGACGAGGACCGCAUCUCCGAAAACAACAACCCGUAAGACGAAUUCGAACUCGAUAACGCCAAAUCCUACAACAGUCGUACUGGGGUCCACACCUACGCCUUCGGUGUCUACACAACUGUCAAGUGCUCUGCGACUUCCGGCAUAUGAAAGGCCAAUGAAGGUUUUGAGUUUAAGUUGUUUUAUUAUUACACUAGCGGUUGCUUUGCUUUGAUGCCCUCAUGUGUUUUACGUCCCCGAAUAUGUGUCUCUGCGGGCUUCAGACCUCACUAAUGUUAACGAUUUUGACGAUAUGGGAUUAAUUCAAUGAUUGUAGUCGAUUUCCAUCUUUUAUAGCGUAGUGAUAAUAAGAAUGGAACAUGGAAGUACC